AAUGGAUGAUGAAGCAAUUGGAUUCGGUAUUGAAGAGAUUACUAAUUAUAAAAUUGUGAAUGGUAAAAUUGUAUUUGGAAAAGACGAUGUCAAAAGGGUAUCAUUAAAUCCUAAGAAGGAAAAGGUAUCAAAACCGAAAAAAAAAACCUCUGUUAAGAAAAGAAAGGUUAAAGAAGAAGAUGAAGUUGACGAAGAAACCCUAAAAUCACAAAAAAAACAGAAAAUGGCUGAGAUUAGCUCGGACAUUUCAUUGGACGAUAUGAUUGCCUGGAAGGGCAUGCAUAUUCCUCAUCUUUUGCUAAUGGGGCUUCAAAAGAAUGGUAUGACGUCUCCGACACCAAUUCAAUCCCUCACUUUACCAUCUGCUAUUAGGGAUCAUUUAAACAUUCUAGGAGCUGCCCCAACUGGUAGUGGAAAAACUCUAGCAUUUUCCUUACCUAUCCUUACUUCUUUAAUACUUGAUAAUUUCGACUGCCAAGAUAAUCUAUAUGCACUAAUCAUAACCCCUACACGAGAGCUGGCAAAGCAAAUAACCCAACAUAUAGAGAAUGUUUCUAAUCAUAUACCACUAAAGAUUUCUACUAUUGUCGGGGGUCUUGCCCCCCAAAAACAAGAACGUGAGCUCAAGAAAAAGCCUCAUAUAAUUGUUGCUACUCCUGGAAGAUUAUGGGAUCUUUGGAAGACCGGGUCAGAGCAUUUGACCAAUUGUGGAAAACAUUUAAGAUAUUUAGUUGUAGACGAAGCUGAUCGGAUGAUAGAAGCAGCCCACUUUGAUGAUUUAAAUAAAAUAUUGGAUCAAUUGGCCGCGGAUCAAGCUCAGGGAAACUUUAGACAGACUUUUGUUUACUCUGCAACUUUGACAGUCGUUCAUAAAGGUCCUCAAAGAUAUGUUAAGAAAAAAGGUGGUCGGACGGUUGAUGGUAAAAUUCAAGAAAUUUUGGAUCGACUGAAUAUUAAGAAAAAGCCCAAGAUAGUUGAUUUAACGGCAGGAGAAAAGGAAGAAAUAAAACCCGAAAAUCUUUUAGAAGCCAAGAUAUAUUGUAGUUCGUUAGAAGAUAAAGAUGUCGCAUUAUUUGUUUUUCUGCAAUCUUAUGCGGGAAGAAGUCUUAUUUUUGUUAACAGUAAGGAUGCUGUUAGAAGACUUCGUUCAAUUUUGGAUUUGUUGAAAUGUCCUCCUCUCCUUCUACACGCUGAUAUGCAUCAACGUCAGAGACUUAAGCAUUUGGAAAAGUUUUCUUCAACGGAAAAUGCUAUUUUAUUGGCAACGGACGUCGCGGCCAGAGGUCUUGAUAUAGAAAAUGUCCAACACGUUAUCCAUUAUAACGUGCCACGAACGGCUGAAACUUAUAUCCAUCGAUCAGGAAGGACAGCGAGAGCAAACAAGUCAGGAAUAUCAAUACUCUUAGUUACACAUGACGAUAUGAGGAAAUAUAAGAAUAUUUUGAUGACUUUAAAAAAAGACGAUCUAAAUGACUUUCCUUUAGAUCUUGGACAUCUAAAAGUUGCUAAAGAGAGAGUAAAUCUAGCACGUCAAAUAGAUGUUGAACAACAUAGGGUACGCAAAACAAACGUUACAAAUAGAUGGUUCGAACAGGCAGCUGAAGAAGCUGGUAUAAUUUUGGACGAGAGACAGAUUGUUGACGAAGGAAUCGAUGCAGCUGACUUUAAAAGGAGAAAUCAAUAUUUAAAGAAAGAACUAAAUGAAUUAUUGAAGCAACCAUUAACUAGAAUUUCAACAAAAUAUCCUGAUUUGAUUGUAAAGAAACAAAAUGAUACUGAUAACGCUGUUAAAUUAGCAAAAGAACGAGCAAUUAAAAAGAAAUAA